GGGGAGAGCAACUGGGUUUUGGAGGGAUGAAAAAGCUUUGUCUUCGUUUCAAGUUUAGUGGGAGGAGAAUGAACAGGACAAGAAACACUGGAAUGCGGGUUUUGUGUAGGAUGUGUUGGAACAGGUGUGACAGCACCAAGCACUCCAGGGCUACAUGAAUCACAUGUAGUAAUUCAUCCAGCAGCCACUACAUAUCCAUAAAAACUGUCUGAGACAGUUUUAUAAUCCUACCACUCCCUCCUGCAGCCUUCCCCACAACCCCCAAACCUCAGUGCCUACAGUUCCACAGAGGGAACUGUAGGAGCUCCACAGAGGAGUGGACUCCUUCCUAAACACUCCACCCACGGUUCCCCGCUACGGGCCGAGUUGGUCCGGGGCACCCUGACCCUUCAUUGAUCAUUCAAUGAACUGUUAAGUACAUGGGAUGGGGUAGUUAAGAGGACGUUACUCCCCCAGCAGGAGCAGAAGGCAAAUCCCCGUAAACACAAUCUGAAAGGACGCGUGCGUACACUCUGAUCGUGUUACCGCCGUCGAAGCAGCGUCGCAUCCCGGCCAAGCCGAGGCGCAGCGCUCUCUCUCAGAGCGUGCUCCCUGCACCCGACGCCCCUCCCCCUUUCCUCGCACCUCCCUGACGGAAGCGGAAACGGCGCGCGCGCCGCCUCGGCGCCUGCCUCUCCGGCCCCGGAAACCGCGCUCCCUCGCCUUCUGGUUGGUGUCCUGUCACCAUGGCGCUGGCAGUUUUGCGGGUCCUGGAGCCCUUCCCGACCGAGACCCCCCCGUUGGCGGUGCUGCUGCCGCCCGGGGGCCCGUGGCCUGCAGCGGGGCUGGGCUUGGUGCUGGCCCUGCGGCCUGCAGGGGAGAGCCCGGCCGGGCCGGCGCUGCUCGUGGCGGCCCUGGAGGGGCCGGGCGCGGAGACCGAAGAGCAGGGGCCCGGGCCCCCACAGCUGCUGGUCAGCCGCGCACUGCUGCGGCUCCUGGCCCUGGGCUCCGGGGCGUGGGUGCGGGCGCGGCCCGUGCGGCGGCCCCCGGCGCUGUCCUGGGCGCUGCUUGGCACCUCGCCGGGGCCCGGGCUCGGACCGCGAGUUGGGCCGCUGCUGGUGAGGCGCGGAGAGGUCCUGCCAGUGCCCGGACCGCGGGUGCUGGAGACGCGGCCGGCGUUGCAGGGGCUGCUGGGCCCAGCGACGCGGCUUGCUGUGACUGAGCUCCGUGAGCGGGCCAAACUGGGUCCGGAGCCUGGGGACAGCAGCCGGCCCCCACCCCCGCCCGUGGUGUCCUCCUUCGCGGUUUCCAGCACAGUCCGGCGACUCCGGGGAGUCCUGGGAGGGACUGGAGAUUCACUGGGGGUGAGCCGGAGCUGUCUCCGUAGCCUCGGCCUCUUCCAGGGCGAAUGGGUGUGGGUGACCCGGGCCGGAGAGUCAUCGAACGCUUCCCAGCCACACUUGGCCACGGUGCAGGUCCUAGAGCCUCGCUGGGACCUCUCUGAAAGGCUGGGACCCGGCUCUGGGCAGCAGCUGGAAGAGCCCCUAGCCGACGGACUGGCCCUCGUGCCUGCCACUUUGGCUUUUAACCUCGGCUGUGAUCCCCUGGAAGUGGGAGAGCUCAGAAUUCAGAGGUACUUGGAAGGUUCCAGCGCCCCUGAAGACAAAGGAAGCUGCUCAGUGCUGCCUGGGCCUCCAUUUGCCAAAGAGUUACACGUCGAAAUUGUGUCCUCUCCCCACUACAGCAGUAAUGGAAAUUAUGACCACGUUCUUUACCGACACUUUCAGACACCCAGGGCAGUCCAGGAAGGGGAUGUUCUGUGUGUGCCAACAGUUGGGCAAGUGGAGAUCCUGGAAGGAAGCCCAGAGAAACUGCCCAGGUGGUGGGAGAUGUUUUUUAAAGUGAAGAAAACAGUUGGGGACGCUCCGGAUGGGCCAACCAGUGCCUACUUGGCCAACACCACUCAUACCUCCUUGUACUUGGUGAGGCCCUGGGGGUGGGAGUGGACCUGGGGAAAGGAGCAGAAACAACUUCUAGAAACUAAAGCUUCCUCCCACCUUUCACAGGUGGGUUCUACCCUGAGCCGUGUUCCAAGGCUCCCUUCAGAAGAAUCCACUCCCUGGAGCAGCUUGUCUCCUCCAGGCCUGGAGGCCUUGGUGACUGAACUCUGUGUUGCCCUGAAGCCUCGCCUCCAGCCAGGGUGUGCCCUGCUGACAGGAACUAGCAGUGUCCUUCUACGGGGCCCCCCUGGCAGUGGGAAGACCACAGCAGUUGCUGCAGCCUGCGGCCGCCUUGGACUCCACUUACUGAAGGUGCCCUGCUCCAGCCUCUGUGCAGAUAGCAGUGGGGCCGUGGAGAUGAAACUGCAGGCCACCUUCUCCCGGGCCCGGUGCUGCCGGCCAGUGGUUCUGUUGCUGACAGCCGUGGACCUUCUGGGCCGGGACCGUGAUGGGCUAGGUGAGGACGCCCGUGUGGUGGCCACGCUGCGUCACCUCCUCCUCGAUGAGGAUCCCCUUACCAGCUGCCCUCCUCUCAUGGUUGUGGCCACCACGAGCCGGGCUCAGGAUCUGCCUGCUGAUGUGCAGACAGCGUUUCUUCAUGAGCUGGAGGUGCCUGUGCUGUCAGAGGGGCAGCGGCUCAGCAUCCUGCGGGCCCUCACUGCCCACCUCCCCCUGGGCCAAGAGGUGAACCUGGCACAGCUGGCACGGCGGUGUGCUGGCUUUGUGGUGGGGGAUCUCUAUGCCCUUUUGACCCACAGCAGCCGGGCAGCCUGCACCAGGAUCAAGAACUCGGGUUUAGCAGGGGGCUGGAGUGAGGAGGAUGAAGGGGAGCUGUGUGCUGCUGGUUUUCCUCUCCUGGCUGAGGACUUCGGGCAGGCGCUGGAGCAGCUGCAGGCAGCUCACUCCCAGGCCAUCGGAGCCCCCAAGAUCCCCUCAGUGUCUUGGCACGAUGUGGGUGGGCUGCAAGAGGUGAAGAAGGAGAUUCUGGAGACCAUUCAGCUCCCUCUAGAGCACCCUGAGCUGCUGAGCCUGGGCCUGAGGCGCUCGGGCCUUCUGCUCUACGGGCCUCCUGGCACUGGGAAGACCCUUCUGGCCAAGGCAGUAGCCACUGAGUGCAGCCUUACCUUCCUCAGCGUGAAGGGGCCCGAGCUCAUCAACAUGUAUGUGGGCCAAAGUGAGGAGAAUGUGCGGGAAGUGUUUGCCAGGGCCAGGGCUGCGGCUCCAUGCAUUAUCUUCUUUGAUGAACUGGACUCCUUGGCGCCAAGCCGGGGGCGAAGUGGAGACUCUGGAGGUGUGAUGGACAGGGUGGUGUCUCAGCUCCUGGCCGAGCUAGAUGGGCUUCACAGCACUCAGGAUGUAUUUGUUAUCGGAGCCACCAACAGACCAGAUCUCCUGGACCCUGCCCUUCUACGGCCUGGCAGGUUUGACAAGCUGGUGUUUGUGGGGGUGAGUGAGGACCGGGCCUCCCAGCUCCGUGUUCUGAGUGCCAUCACACGCAAAUUCAAGCUAGAGCCCUCUGUGAGCCUGGUGAAUGUGCUGGAUCGCUGUCCUCCCCAGCUGACAGGUGCAGACCUCUACUCCCUCUGCUCUGAUGCCAUGACAGCUGCCCUCAAACGCAGGGUUCGGGACCUGGAGGAAGGACUGGAGCCCGGGAGCUCCACCCUGCUGCUUACCAUGGAGGACCUGCUGCAGGCCGCAGCCCGGCUGCAGCCCUCAGUCAGCGAGCAGGAACUGCUCCGGUACAAGCGCAUCCAGCGCAAGUUUGCUGCCUGCUAGGAGCCGUCUGCAGUCUGGGGCCCCACCCACAAUGGCUAAAGGUACCUAGGGAUCCCCACAGAGACCUGAAAGAGCAAAGAGCUCUUUCUCAGGCUGCUGCUGGCCCACCUGAAGGCUGCCUCCCUCCAGGAGAUCCCCUGGGUGCUGAAGGGCAUCAGGAGCCCUGCAGGAGCUCACAGGCACUCGCUGCGCCCCUGUGCGUCCUUCCAGGCCAGGCCUGAGACCAGGGCCCCUCUGCUUGGGAGAGCGGUGGGGCUUGGAGUGUGGGGAUUGGGCCCAGGGAGGCGAUUCUGUGACUGAAAAUAAAGUGUAUGCUGCCCUCU